UUGGGUGUAGGCAUACAAAUGCAAAGGAGUAUGCCUGAACGCAAUAUUGAAUGCUAAAUACAGUUCAUUUGUUUUCAAUUUCGGUUAAAAUGUAAUUUCAGCAUGAAAGAGGAGAAAUAAUACAUCUGUUUCAAAGGAACAUCGUGCUGUUGUUGGAUUAAGGCAUACUUGGAGUUCCUCAUGUCAUCAGAUAGUGAUUCAGAAGAAUUUUUUGAUGCUGAGGACAGGACUCCCUCCCGUAACCAUGUUCAAACUAGGCCUGCGGAGGGAAAGCUUGUAAAUCGUCAUUCAUUUGAAACUGUGUCAAAACUGACUGGUUGCAGUGGUAUAGAAACAGGAAAACCAACAAAAAAUGAUAAGGAAGGUGUAAUACAAAGAUUUUCCCUAAGGAAAACUGGUUCUGAGCAUGGCCUAUCAAGCGAAGAAUCAUAUUUACAAAGAAGGGAUAGGCUGGAAAGUAGCCAUUCAGACUGUACACAGGGUUAUUCAUUGGAAGAGCUCAGGGAAGCUGAACAAAAGGCAAAAGAAAUUGAGAAAAGGAAGAAGAGACUGGAAGAAAUGAGGAGACGUAUGUUAACAGAUGAUGAUGAUGUACUGGAUUUUCCAUCUUCAGAGCAAAGUAGCAAAGCUUCCUCAGUAGAUGGAGUUUUUCUAACAGUUGAUAACAAAUCACAAGAAAAUUCUCAACAAAAGACUGUAGAUGGUCAGAGUUUGUUGAGUCUAGGUAAUGUAGGGUUGAUUCUGGGAGAAAAUGACAGGACCAGUAUGAGUUCUAGGGAAAGUAUCUAUAGUAGGUCCACACAGCAAAGCCUUCCAAGUACAAGUAGCUUUUUUGACAGAGCUCCUGAGCCUGAUAUAGUAGCUAGUACAAAGGGAGACCGAGGUGGAGAAGUAACAGCAGUACCAAGAGCCCCACCAAGAAGGAAACGAAAAAUUAAACCACCUGCUAGUCUAGAUACCCAGAAGGCAACUGCCAAUAUCCAGAAUUUAGAAAGCAAACAUGAACCACCCCAUAGAUGCUUAGAAACACAGCAAGGUUUGCCCAGCCCUACAACUACUGUGGAAAGCCUUGCUAGAGAGCUUGAAAAUUCUUUGGACCUGAAGAGUGCCCUACGUGGAGAGUAUAUAGUCAAGCCACAGGAUCAUGAGCACACAAGGGCAGAAUCAUCAAAUUAUAGAAGCCCCUCUAAUACACUGACUGAGUUUUCUCUUUCCACUAAUGAAGAUGGUAAAAAAAGCCCAGUCAGAAACUCAUUAGAACAACAGCGAGUUGGGGGAACACCAGAGGGCAGCAUGCAGCAAAUGAAUAUGAUGAUGAGGACAAGGUCUGACUCUGGAAGACCACUAACAGACUUGGAAAUACUUGAACAAAUUACUGUCACCAACUUGGACACAGGAGAACGAGUACCUCUCAGUUUAGCAGAAGAGCGACUCCCUAAAUGUGUUAACCCACUUUCUCUUCAUAUAAUGAGGCUAACAUCACAGUAUGUUAGUAACUCUGAAAUUGAUAAAGGAAGAGAUUCUGAUGAGGACAGUGUUGACAUCAAGAAAACUUCAACAGACAAUGAACCUGUAGAUUUGCAAGGAUUUCUAAAGAAAACCACAAGGUUCAGAAAAAUGCUUGGAAAGAAAGUAGAAAAGACUGUCCACAAAUUGAAAACUGUAGCUGAUGAGGUGUAUCAUUUAAAACACAAUGAUGAGUUAGAUUCCAGCGAAGAAGAUGUAGCCUCAGACCUGAGACAUAUUUUGAAAGUUAAAGCUGCCAGCAGCCACAAAGGACCUUAUGAGUUUGAUGGUGUUCGACUGGUACAGGAAAUUACUGGGGAACACACUGGUGCUAUUUGGACUAUGAAGUUUUCAUCUUGUGGAAGGCUUUUAGCCACAGCUGGGCAAGAUCAUGUAUUGCGAAUCUGGGUGCUGCGGGAUUCAUAUGCAUAUUUUGAUGACAUGAGACAAAAGUAUAAUGCUGAAGCACGAGUAUCCCCAGCCCCAUCUCAAGAGAGUUUAACAUCCCAGUUGUCAGGAGAAGAAGCAAGCAAAACUGUGACAGCGGUUGGAGAAGAAGCUGUAGAGUCUACAGUUGAUGGGCCUUUCAUGUCAAAGCCAUUCUGUACUUAUGAGGGUCAUACAGCUGAUUUGUUGGAUGUAUCAUGGUCUAAAAACUACUUUAUCCUUUCCUCAUCUAUGGACAAGACUGUCAGAUUGUGGCACAUUUCUCGAAGGGAAUGCUUAUGUUGCUUUCAACACAUUGACUUUGUAACUGCCAUAGCCUUUCAUCCUAGAGAUGACAGGUAUUUCCUGAGUGGUUCGUUAGAUGGGAAACUUCGUUUGUGGAACAUUCCUGAUAAGAAAGUUGCUCUGUGGAAUGAAGUGGAUGGAAAUACAAAACUCAUCACAGCUGCCAGUUUCUGCCAAAAUGGAAAGUUUGCUGUUGUUGGUUCAUAUGAUGGUCGUUGUAUCUUUUAUAACACUGAGCAACUGAAAUACUACACCCAGAUUAACGUUAGGUCUACUCGGGGAAAAAAUGCUCAGGGACGGAAGAUCAGUGGAAUUGAAUCCAUGCCCGGAGAAGAUAAGAUUCUUGUCACUUCAAAUGACUCACGAAUCAGACUGUAUGAUCUAAGAGAUUUGUCACUCACCUGUAAAUACAAAGGUUAUACCAACAUAAGUAGUCAGAUUCGAGCAAGCUUCAGUCAUGAUGGAAAAUAUAUCAUCAGUGGAUCUGAAAAUCAGUUUAUCUACAUUUGGAAAACCAGUCAUGACUUUUCCAAGUUUUCCUCUGCCCGUAGAGAUCGCAAUAUUUACUGGGAAGGAAUCAAAGCUCACAGUGCAGUUGUGACGACAGCAGUAUUUGCUCCUAGCCCUAACUUAGUGAUGAGACAACUUGAUAAAACCGAAUCUACACAACAUGUGGGAUAUGUAUUUGUGAGUGCAGACUUUAGUGGUGAUAUCAAGAUCUUUUUCAAUAAGCCCAAGCCCAAAGGAAGCACAAAUAUAUAAUCUUAGAAAGAAAAUUUGUUGCCUGUAACUUAAAUGCUAGUUCAACUUAAUCCAGCUAAACUACAGUUAGAAACAUCUAGAUGGUUGUGAUGAGACUAGCUACAGACAUAUGGAUAGACUUAGGUUCUGUGACCUAAAAUUAAAAUAACCAUUCAUUCAGCAGAGACUUUACACCUGGAACUUGGUUAAGAUGCUGACUUAGUCUAAUUUCUAGUUAUAUGCAGUUCUGUUGAUAAAUAUUCACUUACUUUUGACAUUGACCUAGCUGGCAACAGCUAGUUGGUACUUUUGUCUAAAUACCAACAAUUAAACUGGGCUUUGGUCCAACUUUACAGAUGAACUUGAGUGUGAUCUACAUACAGAAAUAUGAAGCAGAAUUUAGGUGCAUCCAUUUUGAAUUAAUUCUUUAACAUAAAUUUGACUACCUUACAUCUUCAGACAGCUGAGCUUAGACAAUCAUUUAUUUACUCUUUUUGCACAAUGCUUAAGUUUUAGCUAGCUUACAUUGAUAUAGCUAGAGAUGCUUUACAAUUGUUUAGUUUAAUUACGCUUUUUAAAUGUUAGCAGAAAAUAUUUUAACUGGGAAACACAAGAAGACCAAUAAUGAUCUAUCAAGACCAUUAAAAGAUUAUUCCAUAAUGUUUCUGAGGUAAACAUAAUUUAAAUAAAAGUGUGGAACGUACAAGAAUUGAACACUUCUGACAAGCUUGAUUUGAAAUCCAUGUAAAUAUUUGCCACUAUAGAAAUUGAUGUGACUAACAUUAUCCUUACUCCAUCAGUGGAUCCAUAAUUGUAAUUUGUUUUAUGAACUUUGGUUUUUAUCUUUUGAGUUAAAUAAUUAUAGCAAAUGAAGUGUAAUAUUGUUGCUUCAUAUCAGGAAUUUUGAAUAUUUUUUUCGUAAUCAAAUGUAAUAAAGUUGUUUCAAUAAUGA